AUGAUGGCUAUAAUUAUUAUUCACACCUCUGUUACCCCAGAUCCCACCAGAUCGCUACAAAGAAUAGCGUACAAACCUGAGGAUAGAUCGGCGUACGUGGCCGUGCUCACGCCAGCGCUCCAAUUCUAUUCUCAGAUGUUCUACUAUUAUAAUGGAGUAGACACAUAUUUCAAAAAUUGCAUGAGGUUACGCUGUACCCAGAGGGUCCUCCCCCGACCUGAUAUCUAUACCUCGAUUUCACCGAAUGGGAGGGUGAAGGACGGUAUAGGAAAGGGGGCUGUUGUGUUGGAAAGCUAUUUCCAUUUCCCAAACCUGAAGCUGAAGGAAUACCCUCUUCAAAUACCUUCCUCCUCGUCGACACCAGCUGAUACAGCUCUAAUCCCACCACUUUCUCCUGCACUGCUUCUCAUGAGCCGGGGUAACAAAAGUCCUCCACAUUACGGAUUAGAUGCGGUACCAGAAGAACUUGACCUGCGAGUAGAAAAAGGAGAGGGGAGGGGGCUUUCUAGUCGCGAUGUCUCCCAGCACAUCUUUUGGUUCGCUCUCUGGAGGGCAGAAUGA